AGCAAAGAUGGAUGUGUGGUCAAAGAUGGAUUUGUAACUGCAAAAACAAAUUCAUUGUUUGUGCAUCUAUUGUUGGUGAUGCACACUUUUUGUUUUGUUUUCUCAAAUGUGAUCUGUCAAAAUGCAGUCGUUCACAUUUUCAUAAAAUCCUGUUUGUACUUCUGCAAGCAAGUGUUACAACCUAUGAAAAUGACUAGGAUUUGUCUUUCAAUGUGGUCCGAUCCUUUUUUUUUUUAGCAAACACAUCCAACUGACUUGAGUAAAUGCUUGCAUUUCCUUGUUAAUUUGAGUGUUAUUUUUAAAAGUAGAUGCACCAACAUCCUAGAAAAGAUGCCCGUAUGUUUUACUUGCAAAGUAUUGAAGAUCUGAUGAAGGUUAAUCUUCAAAAGCAGUAAAUACUUAUCUACAUCUUAAAAUUCUAAUCAACAUAAGAGCUGCUUUAUGUUGUAGAUUCUUCAUUUCUUCUUCAGUUCAGCCAUCCAACAGGUGAGUGGGCAAAAACAAAAUGUUCCUUUUGUGUGUGAUCCCUCCCAUAGAAAUGUGCACUUUCCACUAAUUUCUCCAAAAUAUCAUCUGAAGUUUUACCCAAGAUGAGUGCAGUUCCAGAAGAAGUCUUCAAUUUCCUAAAUCUGUUAUUUAUACUAACACACUAAAGUUCAAUGUAUCGAUAAAACUGAUGGAAAAAAAGCACCAACACUCACCAAAAUGUGCUUAUUUGAAAGCAUGGUGGAGAAAGCAUCAUGAUACAGUGGGCUACUUAUCAGCUUCAUCAUUCAUUUUGACCUUUAUGACAGUAUCAUAGUGUUCCUUAUUUUAUAAUGUUGCUUGUAAUAUUUGUCGGUGGAGAAACAGAUGGAUCUGCACGCAACUAAAUUCACGUUUAUUAUUAUUUUUAAGUCACCUCAAUGAAACAAACUCAAAUCUACACUUUGAAACGGAAACUCACAACUCACCACAGUUAGUAGAGAUUUAGUUAAUGUCACCUACCUUCUGUAAAAUCAACUGUGAAUGUGGUUGAUGUCAAAAGAGGAAGGUGGUGGAUCAUUUCCCUCUUCUGGGUGUGAGUCGCAGCAGUCUGCGCUGGUCUGAGGGGCGCUCAGCUAAAAUCUGGAGCUGCUGGGGGACAUGAUGUGGCUCCGAGAGGAUCUCCUGAAGUCCAUAUGGCACGCCUUUACGGCCCUGGACGUGGAUCAUCGAGGGAAAGUGUCCAAAUCUCAGUUAAAGGUGUUGUCCUACAACCUCUGCACAGUGAUGAAGAUCCCCCAUGACCCCGUGGCCUUUGAGGAGCAUUUCAAAGAUGAUUCCAAAGGGCCUCUGUCCAGUGACGGCUAUAUGCCUUACCUCAACUGGUUCAUUCUAGACAAGGUGCAGGAGGAUUUUGAUGUAACCGAGUUCCACAGGAUGUGCUGGACGUUGUGUUACAAGAAAAAAAUGCACUCUCCACAUCUCUCCAUCUCCAUAAACGAUGCUUUCAAAGUCUGGUGCAUUUUCAAUUUUCUGUCAGAAGACAAAUACCCGCUAGUCAUCAUCAUUGACGAGAUCGAGUAUUUUCUGCGAAAGCUCACUGAGGCUAUGGGGAUUGGGUUGGAUGAGGAGAAGUUUGCUGAGUACAAAGCAAAUUCAAAGAGUUGCCUGAGCGCCUGGGAGACCAUCAACCUGGUGGGGAUGACCUACUUCUGCAGGGAGGUGGAGCCGCAGACGCUGUCCAUGGGCAUCAACCAUGUCUUCACUGAACUCAUAAUGGACGUGCUCAAGCAGGGUUACAUGGUGAAGAAAGGCCACAAAAGGAAGAACUGGACGGAGCGUUGGUUUGUGCUCCGACCCACUGCGCUGUCUUAUUACGAGUCUGAGGAUGUGCUGGAUCUGAAGGGAGAGAUCGUUCUGGACCAGAGCUGCUGUGUGGAAGCUCUGAAUGACAAAGAUGGGAAGAAAUGCCUUUUUAUCAUCAAGUGCUCUGACAAAAGCUUUGAGAUCCGUGCGCCGGACAAAAAGAAGAGGCAGGAGUGGAUUCAAGCUGUGCACUCGUGCAUCCAGCUGCGCAGGCUGGGGCUGACGUCUCCUCACCACGAGGCCCGGCGGAGGCGCAGGGAGGUGCGGCAGAGGCAGCAGGCUGAAGAGGAGGAGCUGGCGGAGAGGAUGAAGGAACUUCAGGCAGCCAAUGAACGCAAACAGAGAGAACUGGAGGACAUGAGGAUGAAAAUGGAGGAGGCUGCAGCCAAAGCAACACGAGAAGAGCUCCAGAGAAAGAAGACUGAGUUGGACAUGCAGGACCGAUACAGGCUGGACCUGGAAAGAGAGAAACUGGUGCGCCUGCAGAUGGAGGAGCAGAUGGCUCAGAAGUCCAGCGAGCUGGAGCAGUAUCUGCAACGCGUCCGAGAGCUGGAGGACAUGUACCACCUGCUGGAGGAGGCCUUAGAGGAUGAGAGGCAGGCCAAGCACGAUGAAGAGGCCAUGAGAAAGCUGCAGUCCAGGCUGCUGCAGGAGGAGGCUGCGAAAAGGGUCGAGCUGGAGCAGCUCCACCUGCAGCAGCAGAGGGAGCUGGUCCAGACUGAAGUGGAGAAGAAGGAGCUGAUUGCUGAGCAGCAAGCUAAGGAUAGAGACCUGCAGGCGGCAGCGCUGCAGCUGCAGAGGCUGGAGAAGGAGCGACAGGAUGCGCUGGAGCAGUAUGAGGAGAUGUCAAAGAAGCUCGAACGAGCAGCUAACAAGACAAAGACGUGGAAAGACAAGGUGGCAAAGCAUGAAGGUCUGGUGCGACUCAUCCAACCAGGCCAGAAAGAACCGCAGCGGAUGACUAACUGGGGUCCAGCCUCGUUCACUGACACCGAGUUGGAGAUGAGGAAGAAGUUCUGGCAGCAGAGCAAGGCACAGGGAGCUCAGACUCAGUGACCAAAAGGAUGGAGGAUUCCUCUGAAAUCACUACAUACAGUAGACGAGGAGACACAAAGUUGGCAGUUUGGGAUACUAUUAUUAACCCCUUCACCCUGUAUGUACUAUAACAUGCAGGACUCUACUUAAUUUGGCAUCACCUUGAAAGUUCAAAAUACAUUGAAAAAUAUAUUUUUUACAUAAUUGGAAAUAAAGUAAAGCACAAAGGGGUUGUAAUAUACGUGUGGAAGAAAAAUAUUGAUUUCAGACUCGGGUUGAUCAUCUCAAGGAAAUGACUGAUUUGAAGUUACGUCCUACUUUUGGUGCUUAAAAAUGUUUAUUUUCAGUAGAUUGUUUUUCCUUUGCUUAAAAACGAGUGCUUUCAUUUGACAGCAGUUGCACAUGCUGUUGUCACCUGUACAUGACGACUCUUCUGUCUUUCUGCUACACUUUUAGCUUUUUGAAAAAAAGAAAAAAACAGUUCAAACUUUGAUCUAGCUUGUCGAGUCAGACCUCUCCUUCUCUGCAUCUGAGUCAAAGACGGGCACAGAAAUGCUGUGAAGCAUUGAACCCGCAGUUCUUCAUCCGCAGUGUUGCUGUUUUACAAAGAUGCAUUUGUUAAAGGAUGAUGCAUUAAAUCAGAAUUCCAUUUUUUUACACUACCACCGUGCCAAGCAUGUUGAUGAACCGUAAUGGUUUACCUUUUUACGUUUUACUUUACUUGAGCUGCUAUAACUCAGAUAGGACAAAUGCUUCAUGUUUUUUUGCUUCAAAAGUUAUACAAUAACCGUCCACCUUUGGUAUAAAUGACUGAUUGACAAAGUUUUAUGGCUUCAUAAGAUACUUUCAACAGCAUCUCUUAUUAUACAGAAGCAACAAUUAUUGUCUAUGUAGAAAGAAAAAAAUAUUCUAAAAGAAAUUAGCUGAUUUGUUUCUGUUUUUUAUGAUUCUAAUCUCCUACAUACAGUUAAAACGUUUGUUUUUAAAUAUUGUUUUGUAUAAAAGUUGGGUUUGAUAUUAACUUACAAUGGCACGAACAGCGGAAAUCCCUCAUUUAGAUUACUUUAAAUUGCUUAAUUUUAUGCACUUUUAAAAAAAAAUCCCCCAAAAAGCAUCAUAAUAAAAACAUGAAUAAAAAGGAGCAGAAAUAAGAGUGUAUUUCAUAACCUCUGCUCUCUUUUUAACACAAUAAAUUGUAGGGUUUUUACCCUAACAGUUAUUUACAUCUUCAAUUCCCAAUUAUUACAAUAAUGGAGUCUUUCACAACUCAGUUUUUUACAUAAUUGUGACACAGAUCCUGAUUUUGUCUCUAUAAUACUUUAUUCCAUCACUUUUUUAAUGAUUUAUUUUCCUUUCAGGCUGCAGUAUCUCACUCUUUUCUGAAUAUUUGUAGUUAUGCUCAAAAAAACCUGAUGUAAGUAAAAACACGUUUCUUCUACUCUGUUAUAGACUUACAGGGAUUUGGACCUCAGACUCAAACUUUGGGACUUGUGAACAAUGUUUAAUAACUGGUUACCUGUUGGGCAUUGCUCUCAGAUCUAACAAAUAUGGCCUUUCCUCUUUUUUCUUUUUGUGACAGCAACCCCCCCCCCAAAAAAAUAAAAUCAAUAAAUGUGUAUUAUAGUGCGUGCCUCAAAUGGUUGUUUAAAAGCGUCUUUGUGACACUCGAAUACCUGCAUGCAUCAACAACACAAACUAUGAAUCCUCAUAUGAUUGUUAGAAUUAAAUGAAAUGUCUAUACAUCAAACACACUGAGGGCGAUUUAAACCUCAGGGACUUUCUCCUUGAUGUUUACUUGUCUUUAAAAGUGUCCGCUUUCAGUUAUCAUUCAUUGGUUUGUGGUAGGGCUGUGUGUCUUUCCCUCUAGCUCGAUUUGAAAUGAUCCAUGGAUCAAUUUACCAAAUUCAACUAAAUGUAAAGCAAUACGACCGAAAUGACCUAAAUGGAUACAAUUUAGUAAUUUAUUUUGAGGAAAUUUGAAGCUAAAAGAAAAUACCUUCUGACAGAGAAACUCUUUUUUUUUUACUUUUCAUUUUAAGCAACAAAAGUCAAAUGUCAUUUUGUUCUUUGUGAUUCAAUAAAAGUGUGUCAUAUUAA